AACUCAGAGAGAAACUAUUCAUUAUUCAGAGAGGGUUGCCUUACUAGUAACAUCUUUAAUUAACCCGCAUGUCAUUUUCAAUGCGCCUAUUCAUAUAAUAUAAACAAAAUGGUUUAGAAUUUUGUAAAAAUUAAUUUUUAUUAUUUUAUGGAGAUUAUAAGAAUUUGCCGUCAUGUGGAAGUGCCAUAAAUGCGGAAAACCAGUGUAUUUCGCUGAACGCAAACAAUCAUUGGGAUAUGACUGGCAUCCAGAAUGUUUAAGAUGUGAAGAAUGUGGAAAACGUUUAAAUCCAGGCCAACAUGCAGAGCACAAAGGUGUACCAUAUUGUCAUGUACCAUGUUAUGGUGCUUUAUUUGGACCACAAUUAUUUGGCCAUGGAACAAGAGUUGAAUCACAUACAAGUUUUGGAAAAAAAGAAAUUCGACCAUCAUUACCCAGAUCACAUUUAGAAUCAAAAUUAAAGGUUUUCAAUCAAUAUUAUGAAGGCAAAAGUGGUGGUAUAAGAAGUCGUGAGGUUAAUGGAAGAUUGAUAUUAGAAGGUGCACUUCGUAUUUAUUGGGGUGUCAGAGGAGUGAUUCAUUUAAAAGAAGAUGAUGAUCAGCGUACAGUAGUUACAGCUCGGAAUAGAAAUUCGUGCAGACGUAGUGUUUCCGAUAGUAUAGAAGAUGAGGAAAAAGAGGAAGAUUCUGUUAAGGAAACUUGUGAACAAGAUACAGAUACUGAAACAAAAUCUAUUCCAACUUCUCCUGAUCAUCUUAAGAGUCUCACUUUACCAAUGAAAUUAGAUGUUAAAAAUAUGGAAUGGGAUGAAUUAGAUGAACUGCUUCAGGUUGAACGUAAAGUUGAAGAUGGAAAGAAGUUAUAUCAAACAAUGCCCGAAAAUUUGCCGUCAAUUAGUUCGCAAACUUCUGACGCACAGCCUCUUUCAUCUCAAUCCAGUCUUGAUAGGUCUGAUUCUCGAGAAAAUUCAGAAAUAGACAGUCCAAAUCAUCAAACUAAUCGUGGUAAUGAUAGUAGCGUAACUAGUACACCCACGCACAGUAUAGGUAGUUCUUCCGGUACUGAUACACCUAUUUAUCAUGGUACACCAAAUCGAAAUGGAACGCUUCGAAGGGUAGAAUAUUUCGAUAAUUUGGAGAAAAAUAUAUCUAAUAACAGAUCUAUUAGUACCGAUGAUAGUUGGAUAGAAAAAGGCUUAAAUCGAUCAAUGUCUGGUCCUGAUUGUCUCCAAAGACAUCGAACGGAUAGCGAUACAGAUUCUGUGAAUUCUUUACAAUUUAGAGAGGAUGAUAAUAUGACAAUGUCUACUGACAGUGGAUUAGAGCUGGAUGGCGUAGUUUUACGUCGAAAACAAGGAUCCACUGCAAUUAGACGUCGUCCAGGCGGUAGACGCCAAUCGCGUAGUCGAUUACGUCGACGUUGUUCGAUUAAUGGACAUUUUUAUAAUCGUGAAACUAGUUUUUUCACACCACCACAUGGAUCUCAAAUGUCUGUUUGGAUUACAAGUUUGGUAAAUACUCAAGAAGUUAUUAAUCUCAUGUUGGAUAAAUAUAAAGUUGAUGCGAAGCCAGAUAAUUUCGCGUUGUUUGUAGUCCGUGAUAAUGGUGAACAAAGAAGAUUAAGAGACGACGAAUAUCCAUUGGAGGUUCGCGUAGUAUUAGGUCCACAUGAAAAUGUUGCGCGACUUUUUUUAGUGGAUAAAUUAUCGACUCCAGAAAUUAGUUCUGAUGUUGCACAAUUUCUUAAUCUUUCUUUAGCAGAAUGUCAUGGUAUUUUACAACGUUAUCAUUAUGAAGAGGAGCGUCAGAUUCUUUUAUUGAAAGAAAAAUAUAAGGAGAUGCGAAGAAGAAUACGGCAAAGAAUGGAAGAAUUGAAGGUUCGACUAUAAUUAGUAUGUACUCAUAAUGAACAUUCAAAUAUCUACAUUAUUAUUUUUCUAUUAAUUUGCACUCGAAGAUCUUUCCUUUUUUUUUAAUAUAAAUUAUUUGAUAGAAAAUGUGUAAAUCGUUUUAAAGAUAUGUAUUGUAAUCACAGUACAUAAUCUUUAACUUAUUGUUUAUUUUAACAUUCAAACGUAGAGUCAUUCCAUGUGCAAUUAUGAUUACAAAUUUUUGUAUAAUUUGUUUGAAUGAUUCAUUAUUGGAAAAAUGAUUUACGUUUGAAUGUAUUGAAUGGUAACAUAUUAAUAUUUUCUAGUUUAAAAUCUUAUCGUUACAUUAUUCAAAUGUAUUCAUUAUUUUUGCAUCUUUGUUGCAUUUAUUUAUAGUCGUUAAUGUGCAGCUACUAUCAAAACAUUCAGUGCAAUUUAAUUAGAAAUUCAUGUGUAUCUAAAUGAUAUAUAUAUAUAUUGUAUUUUUUAAGUCGACUGUGCAUCGAGCGAUAGUCAUACAGUCACGAAUCAUUCUUUAACGCAAUAUCUUCUAAAUUGCUAUUCGCUAAUUGUUGUAUUAUGUAUAGCAUUUAAUUUGAACUUCUAACAUUGAAAUUAUUGUAAUUUAAAAUCGAUUAAGAAUCCAUGUAGUACACAAGCAUCGAUAUUAAGUCAAUUUUCCAAUGACUUUUAAUCGAUACAGCGAGAAAUAUUUUAUAGAAAAAAACUGUUUGCAGAUUAGAUGUAUGAUUGUUAAAAUCUAAUGCAAGGCUGUCCAACUUUUUACCUCGUGAGGUUUUUCUAAAUUUUUUUUUCACAUAGGUGCCAAAAAAAAAAAAAAAAGAGAAAAAAGGAAAAAAAAAUU